CACAUUACAAGUCUCUUUCUUUUCUACUUCUCUAGGCUCUGUAUGUCACUUCCAUACUUUGCUGGUAAUCUCAAGAAAACUACAACAACUAGAUCAUGCAGGCCUUCAAGAUAAACGAGAGUAAGAUCCUAAAAAGGAUACUUAGCUUCGAUAGUUCCAAAGGAGAUUAUCAGAAUCCAUCACUAGCCAAGAAGGGAACUCAUCAUAAUUUAAAUCAAUCAUCUCAAAACUCAAGAACAUGCUUCCAUCAUCACACCAAAAAGAUCUUUGUUGGUUCUUGGAAUGUUGGAGGAAUCCAACCGCCAAAGAAUCUGGACAUGGAAGAUUGGCUAGAAAUACAAAAUAAUUUUCCGGAUAUCUAUGUUCUAGGGUUCCAAGAAAUUGUGCCUUUGAAUGCAGCAAAUGUGUUAGGACCCCAAAACCGAAGAGUUUCAAGGAAAUGGAAUUCGCUCAUCGGCGCGGCCCUUAACAAAAGAAUGCCAACCAAGAAAGGAGAAAGAACAGCAGAGCCUCAAAAGGUGUAUCCCCUGAAGGAUCAAGAACAAGUUUGUGUAGAAGGUGAUGUUGGACAAGAUUUCCAAUGCAUCAUAAGUAAGCAAAUGGUUGGAAUGUUUGUCACAAUUUGGGUUCGAUGCAAAAUCUAUCGAUCCAUCCAUCACUUGAGUGUUUCGUCGGUUGGAUGUGGAAUCAUGGGUUGCUUGGGAAACAAGGGUUCAAUAUCAAUUAGAUUUUGCUUGCAUGAAACAAGCUUCUGCUUUAUAUGUAGUCAUCUAGCUUCCGGUGGAAAAGAAGAAGACCGGAAACAGAGAAACAUCGAUGCGGCCGAGAUUUUGUAUCGGACAAGCUUCCCUGCUGAUCCUCUUCAUGAUAUGCCUGAAAAAAUUAUGGAUCAUGACCGGAUAGUGUGGCUUGGGGAUUUGAACUAUAGGAUCUACCUGCCAGACUUUGCAACAAAAUCAUUGAUCAAGAGAAGACAAUGGGAAACCUUGUUGAAACAUGAUCAGCUAAAGAUGGAGCUCACGGAGGGUCAUGUAUUCCAAGGUUGGCAUGAAGGAGCUAUAGAGUUUCCACCUACCUACAAGUACCACCCUAAUUCUGAAGAUUACAUUGGGUGUGGACAGAAACAAUUGACCAAAAAGAAGCGUGCUCCAGCAUGGUGUGAUCGAAUACUAUGGUUUGGAGAGGGAAUGACGCAAAGUAAAUACAGCAGGAGUGAAUCAAAACUCUCUGAUCAUAGGCCUGUUAAGGCAUUGUUCAAAGUUGAGAUCAAGGUGGCCGAAAACUCUACUUGAUUCAAAGAUUUACAAGGGCAAUUUCGUCCAAGAGAUUUUGAAGUCUCAUUGUUUACCAUUCUUGAAUUAGGUUUUUAGAAUUCUAGGAAGGUAUUCAUGUGAAGGCUCAAUUCUUUGUGAGACGUAUUUAAUUUGCCAAUAAAAAAAAUGUUUUUCUUUUCUUAGAGAAAUUUGUACAAGUAGAUGUCAGAAUUAUUUUGACAAAAUACAUGAGUAGUUGA